UCAAACACAGCUGUACAAGUACACUUUCAAGUUCAAGUGCGGCUUGGAAGUGCAAUAAUUCUUAUCAGCAAACAGCUUUGCAUUAGCUUCCGGAUUUGAACAGUUAAUUCAUUCAAAAUGCAUUUCGUCUGCGAUCUCAGUUUAAUUUUGAUUGCAAUGUGCACGGUUCGGAGAAUACGACUCACAAUGGAAAACUAUUUCGUUUUACUGCUGAUUCUUUUGGCUGUACCUUGGUCCUUUCAAGCCACCCCCAAGCUUAAGCCAACCAAGGCUGCCAUUAUAGACUUGAAGAACAAAACUGAAGUAGUACCGUCAAGUAGCAUGCCCAUUGCCAAUGUCACAGCCUUGCACGAGAAGUUGGCAGAAGUCCACAUUGAUCAGCACAAAACCAUUCGCAUUAGCAAAGGAGAUCUGGAUGAUCUAUUGGACGUUUAUAUGGGUAAAAUAGCAGAGAGUGCAGCCACCAUCAAGGACAGAGAAAAUGAAAUAAACAAGCUUCAAACCAAGGAACACACUGACGACGAUCUACUGAAGAGAUUUGAGAAUCUCACAGAGAUUUGUAAUGCUCAAAAUGCUACAUAUACAGCCAAACUGAAGGAAAAGGCGGAUCAAAUCAAGGAACUCGAGCAAAAGGUCAAGGUCUACGAGACCAGAUUGAAGAGGAAACAGCACGUGUUGACUGAUUUAAGAAAACAGAACACCUCCAGUGCGGCAUUGAUCGAUCAUCUGAGAGCCAAAGUCGUAUAUUUUGAAGGGUUCCUGCCCUUUCUGGUGUCCUGUGAGGGUCUCACGACCGCCGGUCCUGGAUGGAUGGCUAUUCAGCGUCGACUGGAUGGCUCUGUGAGCUUCUAUCGCAACUGGGAUCAGUACAGGAAAGGGUUUGGCAAGCUCAACGGGGAGUUCUUUAUUGGCCUCGAAAAACUGCACCGCCUGACCAGCUCCCAGCCUCAUGAGCUCUACAUAAGCUUCAGGAGAUUCAAUGGAGAGUCAAGCUAUGCUCACUACGAUGACUUUGUUAUUGGCAGCGAGGAGGAAGGCUACGAAUUGAAAUUGCUCGGCCAUUAUCUCUACUCUAGAGGCUUUAAGAGCACUGUGAAACCAGAUAAAUCUCAAUACGAAGCCGAGCGCCAAACGCCGAACCCCAUUCGUCUUUGUUAUUUACUCUUCCGACACCCGCCGCCCGCCGCCCGCCGCCCGCCACCAUUCGACAGUUGAUUAGCUUUCGAUUUUUCGCCCUCUCCUCUCCCGGGUACAAUAAUUACUUCGUUACAGUUCACUGCAGUUCGCUGCUCUAGACAUUUGUUUAUUCGCGCACAAGUGAUUAGUGCAAUUAAUUCUCAUUUUCAUUUUCAUUUUCAUUUGUGCUCGCAUUUCGUUCGCUGUUGCAACAAUUUAAUGAAAUCUAAUUGAGCUCUGACUCUGGUCUUGAAGUGCUUCUAUGGGCCUGGUCUGGACUGCCCCCACCAUUUGUCACUUGCACUUUUAUUGCCGAGGGACCGCUGUGGGAGUGGAGAAACUCAAUUGGAGUAAAUAAAGGCUUGACAAAUUAGCCAAAGUCGAGGCAUAAAAUAUAAAUGAAUAUCGAUGCGACGGAGGAUUUAUGGUCUGAGAAGAACAAUUUUUAUUUAAAUUGAGUUUAUUCCAGUUUCAUACAGAAUCUUACAGAUCUUUGGAACAUUUAAACAUUUGUUGUUUCCUCCAAUGUUACUUUACUCUAAUUUGUAGUUUCUAAGGCACUUAAUAUAUGUAUCUGCAGAGGCCUGAACAGAAGCCACCGCUGUUGCAUGGACACUCGGAUCAAAUGAAUGUAGAGUGCACUCUGCACUUUAUUGUAAAUAUAAACAAUGGCAUUGACGUCGUUGACGAUGUAGCCCGCCCAUCUA